CGAAUCGGCUUCGACUAGCCACACAGUGAAACAAACCAUCUCCAACACUAUCCCCAAAAACACUCUUCUUUAGAUAAUAACCUAAUUGUGUAUCUAAUUUGUUUAGUUUCUGUGAGAUUUGAUUCUUCUUCUGAGGCCUCCUUUGUUGAGAAGCUCUCUCUCAAAAGCCAUGGCUUCCUUUUCAGUCUCUUCUUCUUCGACCAUCAUCGAUGCUAGAGCUCCUCCUUCUCGUCAACCCUCCUCCGCCUCCGCCUCUUCUCCGUCGUGUAUUUCACUUCCCACGGUUCCUCCUCCUCCGAUUCAGUCUCAGAACCGCGCCGCUAAAGCCACUGCUUACUGUCGGAAGAUUGUGAGGAACGUUGUGACGAGAGCUACUACUGAAGUUGGUGAAGCUCCUGCCACUACUACUACUACUACCGAUGCGGAUUCUACAGAGUUACCUGAAAUCGUCAAGACUGCUCAACAAGCUUGGGAGAAAGUGGAGGACAAGUAUGCUAUUAGUUCUCUUGCCUUGGCUGGUGCCGUGGCUCUUUGGGGAUCUACUGGAAUGAUUUCGGCGAUUGAUAAGCUUCCAUUGAUUCCUGGUGUUUUCGAACUUGUAGGCAUCGGUUACACAGGGUGGUUCACUUACAAGAACUUGAUCUUCAAACCAGACAGGGAAGCUCUGUUUCAGAAGGUCAAGAACACAUACAAAGACAUAUUAGGGAGCAGCUAAAUCAAAGGAGGAGGAAGAAGAAGAAGAGCCCUUUUUGAGGCCAUUCAUGAAUUCGAAUGAAGGAUAUCAAAAGAAUCUAACAGAGAUCCCACAUCUUUCAUUUGAUCUUCCUUGUUGUAACUAAAUAAUUUUCGACCUCUCUCUCUAUCUCUCUUUCUCUCUUUCUCUCUUUCAUACGUAUCUCUUUUCAUUAGCUCAAAAAUGUCAUCCAUUUAUGUCAAGUGUUGUAAAUUCCUCAAGACUAUAUAUGAGAUGUUGAUUUCAUUUUCCA